GGGCAAUAGGGGAUCAUGGGGCCCCUGUGUCCUUGCCCAAACUCAAAAAAGCCUAUGAAAAAGGUACCAGGGGCAUCUCAUGGGGCCCCCUACUGACCCCAGGCCCUUCCAAAUGUUUCCAAAUGGUCAGUCCGCCCCUAACAGGGCCCCUGAUCACAGGGGCGGACUGAAAACUCAUGGGGCCCCCAGGCAAUAGGGGAUCAUGGGGCCCCUGUGUCCUUGCCCAAACUCAAAAAAAGCCUAUGUAAAAGGUACCAGGGGCAUCUCAUGGGGCCCCCUACUAACUCCGGGCCCUCGGGCAGUGCCCGAGUUUACAAGUGGUCAGUCCGCCCCU